GGAAUUGCUUAAAAAAGGUAAUGUGUCGGCGGCUAAUGUUGCCAAACUUGCCCGCUGAUAGGACCUUGAGAAGAGAUCAUGGGUAAUCCAAGAACUUGUAGAGUCAGAAAAGAAAUAUCUGAAAAGCCUUAGCCAAUUGGAGGAGGUAACCUCUUGACGAUAUAAAGGAAGAGAGCCUAUUGUAUCUUUUUAACAUGAAUUUUUAGAUCUCUCGAAGCAUUCAGCAGGAGAUCCUUGAGACUAAGGCACUACAAACCGUCCGCUUCGAGGUCAACGUUAUAUUCGGCAACAUCGCAGAAAUUUACCAAAGGCAUGCUACUCUAGCUGAUUGCAUGAAAAGCCGAGAAAGCGAGAUUGAGAUGUGCUUAGGACAAAUCUUAAAAGAAAAUUUCGAGAACUUUUCCAAGCCAUAUUAUCUUUACCUUAGCAAUAGAAGCAAAGCCAUCGAAACUCACCAAAAGCUAAUGUCUAAAAGUAACAAGUACAAGAAACUGAUCAUGACUUUAGAGAGCCUCCAUGGAACAGCUACAGAGAAGAUCUCCAUCUCCAGCCUUCUCAUAGAACCCGUUCAACGCAUUCCAAGAUACACACUUUUAAUAGAUGAGAUCCUCAAACUUACUGCUGAAGACCAUGAUGACCGGGAGCAUUUGUACUCCGCAAAGGAUGUGGCGAACCAAAUCGCCAGUGUGCAUGAAGGACAAGAAGAGAUAACAGCUCGCGUGAUUAAUAAUCUCAUCACCAGCGUCAAAAACUGCCCUCCUACGUUGCUGAAAACCAAUCGACGGCUAAUAUCCCACAUUGAUGCUGAUGAGAUCGACAUCCUGAAUGGAAAGGUUCUGAGAUUUGUGACGCUCAUUCUGUUUAACGAUAUCUUGGUGGUUGUCAAGCGUGUUUCCCAGAGUGCAAGUGGUCAUAGUCAUCGUACAGACUUCAAGUUCAAGAGUUGCGUUUCAUUGACCAGUGUUGAUAUCUCCAUUCCUAAAAGAAGUGCUGAGGAUCCAGAACGCCUCGAUGAUAUAAUCUACAUUCGCGUCUCCGACAACGCCAUGGAUGAUCAAGAGUAUUUCUCUUCCGGGCGUCUGAGGCAAUACGUUCUAGGCAAUAACAGCCACGGUGGCCCAUCUUUUGUGCGGCUGGUGAACGAGCAAAGAGCUUCAACUAGUGUUUCUGGAGAAGAUCAAUCUUUCAUUUUGAAAAAGCAUGUCGGAGCCAGCGACGUGUUUUUCUGCAUAAGGCCCCAACAAGGUUACAACUUGUGUACGACAAAGAAUUCCAUGGCUUUGUGCUUCGAAAGUCCAGAUGACGACAGUUCCUCUCUAGUGUCAAACCCCACAAUACUAGGCAAAGAUGGAGGCUUGUUAAUCGUUCAAAAACAUGAUAACAAUGUAUAUAGAUCAACCCUUUGCACCUCCCUGCCCAUGUCCGAAAUGAACUCUCAGAAGACAGUGGCGACAUACCAGCUGACGGAGUUGUUGAACAGGAGUAGUCCCCAAUACCAACGAACACAGUUUUCAGCGCUGAUGAUGAAACAACCUACGAACGACGGAAGAAGUGUGGACAGGACAAUAGAGACCUGCUAGAACUGCUCAUUAAGCGCUUUGACUCCAAGUUACAAAGGUCUAUUCCAACCUCUUUACUAUGGAGUCAAUCACGGUCGUCCAAUCACGCA